AAUGAAGCAAAAUCAUGUAAACACUGUAAAAUAUCAAAUCCUUUUAGCAUUAACCAUCCAUCCAUUAUCCAAACCGCUUCUCAUCACGAGGGUCGCGGUCAUGCAGGAGCCUAUCUCAGCUGUCUUUGGGUAGGAGGCGGGCUACACUCCAAACUGGUCACAAAUGAUAACACUUUGUCCCACUCACAGCCCGCAGAAGAGAGGUCUGGGGUCAGCAUCUGUAGUUCUUGAUCUUUGGUGUGUUUUGACCAAAACCUCGUCAUGACAUGGACAAGAUGCAUAGCAUGUCAAAGUGAAGUUAAACAGUUAUGAACAACAUAUUUUCUGUUGUCGGGCAAACAAGUUGGACAUGUUGUCCUCUCUUGAGACAGAGCGAGGACCCCCAUGUGCGGUGUGCUACAAAAUGUUAGCAGUCACAUGGCUCACAGCAAUGGUUAACUUACACAAGGCUCUUGUGGUUACUUAGUGUCAGUGGUGUCGCUGCAAAAGGCUUUCAAUGCAAAACCUUGAGCCACGGAAGUCACUUGGGAAUGGCUUUAGGGCCAUGACAAAUAUCGAAAUUGAAAUCAAAAUUGAAACCAUGAUUCACUUCAUGUGAAUGCGUAUUAUUUUCAUUAUAAUUGUCUAAAUUAUGCAACUGAUCAAGUGUGUUUAUGAAAAGGAAAUAUUGUAUUGUUUGUUUUUUUGAAUAACAACAACCUCGGGCCUCACAAACCUGUUCUUACAAACAAAUGGCUUCUGACUUAUACACUUCAUGUUUUUCUGUUGUUGUUGUUGUUUUGUUUUGAUUCUACAAAUGUUAAUAUAUUUAAAAUAUUGUUACGUCUAUAGCAUUUUGUUACAGUUGAUCUUUUCCUUAUUAACCUUUAUAUGAACAAAUUUCAGACAGUGUUUAUGAACCUAUUACUGUCGACCAAUAGUGUCCAUUUCUUUUAUACUGUUGAAUAAACUAUGCUUGAUCACUCGAUUGGCGUUAUUUUCUUGACCACAAGCUUCAGAAUGUAGCUGUCAUACUGUGUCGGACAACAUGUCACAUGAUUCCAAGUUUCCUCCAUUUAAAGGACACUUACUCCACGUGGGAACAAAGUCAUGACUGUGACUGUGUUCAUACCACUUCCUCUUUUAUUUGUCACACAUUGCCAAGCAUUUUUUCUUUCGGAUGCAACAUGUCAUACCCGCGUCGAAGUUUGCCAUGAAGUGUGUCAUUGGGGCUCUCAGGACAGCAUGCUGCAGGGAGUCAGUCAAGUCCUUGGUGUUCUACCUGUGGGAUGUUUACUCUUCAGCUAAGCCUCUGGGCCGACACCUCUGGACCCUGACCGCUCUCUGUCUCACUCUGGCCGUAGUUACUGGCACUCUGCUCUACCACUGGCUCUCCAAAACGCUGAAAUAUGACCACAACACAUCAGCUCACACAGCGCUAGUGUACGGCGUGGCCAUGUUGCCCACCACCUUCCUGUGCCACCCGCUGCGCUGCGUGCUGACCAUGACCCUGCCCACCGUCUGCACCAAGCAGGGCCGCAAACUCCUCAUCUCCGCCGCAGUCAUGAUUCUCAUGUGCAACGUCAUCCCAAACAUCAGCGUGAAUGUCGGCGCAGUCCUACGCACCCUGAAGUGCACCGCCGAUGGCUUCUCCAAGACUUUGUUGAACUCUUCAGAACUUUUAAACACAGCCAGGCAGGACAUGGUCAAGGAAGCCAUUCAAGUGAGGAAGGAGGACUUGAGCAUUGUCACCAACUUGAGGAUGUUGGAUCACUUCACACACGUGGAUGUGUCCGAGGUCAAGAGCAGGUUUACGAAGAUGAUUGGGCAAGUGGAAAUCAACUUUUCCUACAUGAGGAAAAUGAUAACACAGUACAAACUAUUGUCCAACAGAAUUCUGGCAGCCCUAUUUGUUGCUUUGCUGAUUUGGGAAUCUGCACGCUACUUGAAAUCAUAUCUGACAUCCAUUACAUUCGAUAAUAACCCUAUCUCCAAACGGCUCCGGCAAAAUGAAGCUCACGUUACCACCAGGAGGUCGGUCCCUAUACGCGGAAGAUUUCAAAUCAGCAGUGGGGAAUGCACCCCCAGUGUCAUAUCACUACUGGUGGUGACGUUAUACUUCACCGCGAUAGCUUUAAUCGCAGCCUUAGACCAUAUUGUGUAUCAUACAGUUCAAGUCAUUCUGCCCUGGCUGCUGGACUUUCCAGCCAUGUCUGCCAGCAUCAACGUCAAUUAUAAGGUACAAUGGUUUCCACCGGCAUUUUGCAUCCUGCCACACGCGUGCAUCACGCGGCAGCUGACGGACUUCCGCAAGGAGUACAAGUGGAACUUCAGCCCCGAAGCGUCGAUUUGUGAUGCCACGACUUCAGCUCCCAGCGCGGGUGUGAGCGCUCUGCUAGCAUGUCUGUGGCUAAUGAGCUACCUGCUGCUGUUCCUCGAGGCGUACGCCACAAGGCUACGGAGGAACAUCUGUGCGUCUUUUUUUAAAAAGCAAGAAGAAAGGAGAGUGGCUUUUUGGAACGCAAAAGGCCAGGCAAAGCAAGACAGAAAGGCGCCAGGAGAUGCUGUUUUGGUUGUCUGCAGAUGACAUGACCUUGACUGUACGUUUUCUUCUUCUUUUCUUCAGUCAAGAGAAUGAUAUCAAAGAACACCUUUCAGUGAGCAGCAUUUCAAGCCACAAGUCGCUGGGGUGAACAUAAAGUGUGAAUGUUUAACCCUGUGGCUUUUACACUUUUUGUGCUGCAUGACAAAACACUCAAAAGACUUCAACAUUGUCGAAGGUCCAAAGAUUCUUUGUCAAGUUCAUAGACAACAAUACAA